AUGAAUCCGGGUAAUCAGCAUCAUCGGGGCAUGAGCAUGCAGGGACGGUAUCGAAAUGGCGGCGCCGGAUCAGGAUCUGGGCCAGCAUUGGCCCGUUCAGCUCCGAGCAGCCACAACCGUUCCAGCUGGCACUCACACUCUCACAAUUCUCAUAAUCAACUUAAUCAGCAUAAUCAGCAGUUCAACAAUAAGGAGUACCCCUAUCGUCAAGGAUCCUCCGCACGAUAUCAUAAUGGAGACUCAGGAGUAAGUUCAUCAUCAAACCCUACGGUGAAAGAAGUAUACCAUGGCCCAAAUAACACCAACGUAGCUUACAAGCCCCCGUCGCACACAAACCGUGUCACCCAACCACCCCCGAGUCAGUCAUCGCAACCCUCAUCAUCGUCUCAUUUUCCAUCAGAUCUCACUCUUACUAACCAUCGGCGAGCCAUUUCACCGCCUCCAUUAAGAAUAAAUAUCUGCGGCCAGGAAAGCUCAACGAUGCGUGGUCCAUUAAUGAACCUAAGCCCAUCACUAAGCGUGAACUCUGACCUGGAAUACCGACGGGCUCCGCAGGCGGCGAAUCUCUCCGCAUUGAGCCCGAACGUUCCAAUGCAAUCCCCACCAGCAUACUACCGACAGUCAACACUGGACACACCAGAGGGUCGUAAAAGCGAGUCACCAUCUCGAAAGCGCCGUCGUAUUUCCAGAAACGCCCAAGUGAGCGCCUCCAGUAUGAACGUGGGGAGCAACGGGGGUCCAGUUUCGCUGGCAGGUAACCUGGAGAACCACCCGGGGCACCACCAGCUGGCCAGCCACCAGCAAGAGCCAGCUUCUUCGACCCAAUCCCCGCCUCUGAUGUCGAACGCCGCGCCUUGGGAGCUCUCCGCACCACAAAGGCGUUCUCCGCGCCAACACAUGGCCGUCAGAGGCAGCCCGCCAAUCAGGAACCGCUAUGUGCGGUGCCCAGACCCGCUUUUCCCCAACGGGUACCAGUUUUUCCCGACGGUCCAGCAGCAUCUCCAUGGGGCCCAUCAUAGUUUGCAUAACAGCAAUCACAAUCUCCACUCUGGGAAUCUCCAUGGGCUCCAUAAUACUCAUACGCACCACGGCCUGCAUGGUCAUCAUGGCCAUCAGGGUCACCAACACCCCAUCCAGCAGGGAACUGGACACCACCCGUCAACGGGGACCAACAACUUGGUCGUUGAUGUAAACCAGGUUGGAGUGUCUGGUCUGGGUGUCACUGUCAGUGGAGAAGCCAUCUGGCCUACUACUGGGUUCCACCCCGCCAGGUUGUCCUGCCAUCUUCACGGAACCUACCCGCCGCCCACUACCGCUCAUCCCUUCUCUUACUCGUGCCAGAUUACUCAUCAUCACCACCACACGCAUUAUCCAGCCGGCCCCCCACCACCUGGCCACAGCUUGAUUGCGGCUACCGCAAGAGGAUACGCUGCGCCAUCUGGAGUUCCGACCAUACAUGCCCAUCCACCGCCGCCUGUUCAUACUACACACUAUACGGCCCACCAUCAGAUACCUCAGCAGCGAGAAGUUGACCCGGAAUUGAUCGACGGAUCGCACGUGCACUACCACCACCCGCAUGUCCACCGAGUGGGAGGAAAUGGACCACCCGGGCCCCCACCACCGCAGCCUCAACCCCCACCACCGAUGACGCUGUCCCACUCUUACUCCCCACCGGCGUUGGCGGCCCAGGUGGCGUCACCAUCGCCGAUGUUCCUCCCGGAGACUCGGAACAACCAGAUGGAGCUGAUGCAGCCGCGAACGAGGCGCAGUGCCGUCGGCCGGAAUCAGAACCGCUCGAGACAGAACCCGCAUUCGAACUGGCGACGUGGUGGAGGAGCGCCACCUAUGCCCCCACCUUAUCCCGCAGGACUGUUGUUCCACUUCUUGGCAAUGUUUAGUAAUCCACCAUUAUCGUCAUACAGUCAAACUGAUAUGUCAUCACCGGAGAAUGCAGAAACCGAAAAUUACGAGGCGCUGUUGUCGCUCGCCGAGCGACUUGGAGAGGCUAAACCCAGAGGACUCACACGAGCCGAAGUCGACCAAUUGCCUUCGUAUAAGUUUAAUGCCGAGACUCACCAGGGUGACCAGACUAACUGCGUUGUCUGCAUGUGUGAUUUUGAACCGCCUCAGACACUCAGAUCAAACCGAACAUGUCCAAUUUGCCGUGGUGACGCUGCAGAAUACUACAGCAGCCCAAACGGAGUAAACGGAGGAGGCAGUAGCACAACUAGCGGUGAAUGA